AUGAAGGGCGCCGUGGGGGACCUGGGCUCUCUCCUCCCCAGAAUCUUCAAGACCCCGACGGCGGCCCCGGCGGCCCGCGCCCCGGGCCUGAGCUCCAGCCGAUCGGGGGGCGCCGCGGGCGCGGGGCCGGCGGGCUCAGCGCUGAGGGCGUCGCCCUCCCCGUCCCUGCCCCCCGCCUGGGCGCCCGCCGCGCCCCGGCCGCAGCUCCCCGCCUCCUGCCCCGGGGGCUCCCUGCCCAGGAGCCCCAGAGCGAGCCCAGUCCCGUCCCCGCGCCAGCACCUGCCCCCGGACCUGUCCCUGGAUCUGCCCCGGGACCUGCCCCCGGACCUGUCCCUGGAUCUGUCCCGGGACCUGCCCCCGGACCCGCCCCCGGACCGGCCCCCGGACCUGUCCCUGGAUCUGCCCCGGGACCUGCCCCCGGAUCUGUCCCUGGAUCUGUCCCGGGACCUGCCCCCGGACCUGCCCCAGGACCUGCCCCCGGACCGGCCCCCGGACUCGCCCCCAGACCUGCCCCCGGCCCCAUGCAGCGGUGGCUGCAGAGCCCAGAGCUCCCCGGAGCCCCUGGGGGCGAGGGGGCCCCUGGGGACGAGGGCGCUGUUGACUCCGGUCCCAGGCGGGGUCUGGGCGGCGCUGCCCUCCAUCCGGGGCGCAGCGGGCAGCAGCCGCUCAGCCUGGAGCCCACGGAACCCCCGCCAGCUUGGCCCGCGGACCCUCUUCUUCACGCUGCCGGGCAUCGGCGAGGAGGGGGCCUCGGACAGCGACUCGGAGGAGGCCGGACACGCGAGAGGACUGUCAGAAGGAUCUAGGAAACAUAAUUUUCCUAUAAAAAGCAAAGAUCCUUUACCCACACAUUUUACAAAUAAUGUGCAGAAAGCCAUUGAUAAGUAUACCUGUGAGUCCGAGUCAUCAUUUUCAUCCAGUGGAAGCUCCACACCCACAGAAGCCCACAGCUCUUGGUCCAGGUCUGGGACGCAGAGUUCGAACUCGACCGUGGGCUUAUCUACCGAAAGGAGCUCCAUUUGCUCAUGGAGAGAUGAAGAGUUUGACAAAGCCAGUGCACAGAAGGUGCAGCAGUUAUUCUGGGAGGUCGAGGAAAUGUUAUUCGAAGGGAAAGUGAGCCCACAGACCCAGAACCUCGUGGCUGAGUGCAGCGAGUGGGCGAGACGAUCCAUCCACCUGAGAGUGCUGGGAAGACAGGUCAUCCUGCCGAGCGAUGACGGCGUCCGCCACUUCCAGGGCAGCGAGCCUCGCUCUGCGGGCCACGAGUCCUCCCUGGAGGCCCGUCAAUGCGGCAGCAGCGGCAGACAGUUGUGUAUCUCUGGCUCUCAAAUACUCCCAGCAGCACUUGCAGCCCCGGCCCUGCCAGGUCCCGACUGCACAGAGGGGGCCGACCUAGCGGCAUGUUCAUCCCUGCAGGAAGAGGUCUACGAUGUGGAUGGGAAAAUCGAAGAAUAUUUCGCUUUCGACAGAAUAGAAGAUGAUGAUGAACACCUGGAACAGAAAUCAGCUCACCACUGUGGGAUGCAGCACAAGCACGGACUUCCUCCCAUUUCCCCUCAUGACUGUAUCAAAGAUGCCGUGGCUGCAGAAGUGUUCGAUCAUAUCUGGACAAAUGUGGUUGAAAUGCUGGAAGAGCUGAUUAGGAAAACCUGGGAAGUUACACUCACAGGAAGAAGAAAACAGAAAGAAAAAUUGAAAGUUGCUGAGGCUAAAUCUCCGCAGGUUCUCAUUUCCCAUAUUAACACUGGUCUAAUGAGUAUUCCCCCGUCCAGAAGUUCUGAAACUCAAAGCAUCUCCUUGGCUUCUCAUCUUAAUCCCCCCCAGAUCCAUCGCUUCUCCAACAAUUUUUAUAGUGAUUUGAAUGGUGUGAUGACAAUUCAAGCCAAACCGCUUCAGCAGAGGCCGACCCACUUUGCCGACAGGACACACAAUGAACAAGAGGACAUAUCACUGAGUGUGGGGACUAGUGCCCUUUCUGCCACCCACCACCGUCUGGGACGAAUCUCAGACUCCUGCCGACUACAGACUCCUGCAAAGAAAACACCAGUUCACAGGAGGCUGCCUUCUCUCACUUCAGACUCACAGAGAAUGAAAACCCCCAAUGUGGACAGUGAGGAGAUGCUUAGGGUAACAAGACUGCAAACUGGCCUGGACCUCAUGUCCUCCCCACCUGUCCACACCGCACAGGCCCUGAGGUUACCUCCCAUCGGUCCCGAGCCCGCCGAGCAGAAGGUGGCAGCUCCUGGAUCUCGCCCUGUCUCUUGCAGAGUCAGGCACGGACAAAGCCGUGUUUUAAGUGCAGUCCCCAAUAGUGUAGAACGAUCGCCUCUUCGAGAAAGAUCUCUGACUGUGGAACAGUCUUCAAGGCCCAGCACCACCCAUACGUUCCGGUCAGAAACCCCUCGAAAAGGUUCAUUGACUCUGAUGGAGUUUGCUGGUCACACCUGGACAGGUCAAGGUUUGCUGACAGAGUUUUUCCAGCAGCUGAUUAAUUGCAUUGAAGAAAACAGACAUGUACCAAUGCUAAAACUCUGGCUUGGCACAGUACCAGUAAUAGUCAUGUAUAAAGCCGAAACUAUAGAGGUAAUUUUAACUAGCUCAAAGCAAAUUGACAAGUCUUAUCUGUACACCUUCCUACGACCAUGGCUUGGCCUAGGACUUCUUACAAGUACUGGAAACAAAUGGCGCUCCAGGAGAAAAAUGUUAACACCAUCUUUUCAUUUUACCAUUCUGGAAGAGUUCUUAGAUGUCAUGAAUGAACAAGCCAACAUAUUGGUUAAAAAGCUUGAAAAACAUGUUGAUGGAGAAAAAUUUAACUGCUUUUUUUACAUCACACUUUGUGCCUUAGAUAUCAUCUGUGAAACAGCUAUGGGCAAGAACAUUGAUGCUCAGACUAAUGAUGAUUUGGAGUAUGUCCGUGCAGUUUAUAGGACGAGUGACUUGCUACAAGAAAGGAUGAGGACGUUUUGGCUCUGGCAUGACGUUUUGUACCUUUUGUUUAAACAAGGAUGGGACCACAAAAGGAACCUAAAGAUCUUACAUAAUUUUACCAACAAUGUCAUCCAUGAACGGGCCAAUGAAAUAAAGAGAGAAGAAGAACGUACAAGUGGUGACAAGGGCAAGACCCCCUCCAACAGAAAACGCAAGGCUUUUCUCGACCUGCUCUUAAAUGUGGUGGAUGAUGAAGGGAACAAGCUAAGCCAUGAGGCCAUUCGAGAAGAAGUGGACACCUUCAUGUUUGAGGGCCAUGACACAACUGCAUCUGGAAUAAACUGGGCCUUGUACCUAUUGGGUUGCUAUCCAGAAGUCCAGAAAAAAGUGGACAAUGAACUGGACGAAGUGUUUGGGAAUUCUGAUCGCCCUGUUACCUUAGAAGACCUGAAGAAACUUAAAUAUCUGGAGUGUGUUAUUAAGGAGACCCUUCGUGUUUUUCCUUCUGUGCCUAUAAUUGCCCGUGAACUUAAUGAAGAUUGUGAUGUUGGGGGGUACAACCUCACAAAAGGCUCUCAACUACUCAUCGUUCCCUACGCACUGCAUAGAGACCCAAGAUACUUCCCAGACCCUGAAGAGUUCAAGCCAGAGCGGUUCUUUCCCGAGAAUUCGACGGGACACCAUCCAUACGCCUAUGUGCCCUUCUCUGCUGGACCCAGAAACUGUAUAGGUCAAAGGUUUGCCAUGAUGGAAGAAAAGGUCCUUGUUUCAUGCAUCCUGAGGCAUUUUUGGGUCGAAUCCACCCAGAAAAGAGAAGAACUUGGUCUGACAGGAGAUCUGAUUCUUCGUCCUUCUAAUGGCAUCUGGAUCAAGUUGAAGAGGAGAAAUGCAGAUGCAUCCUAA